AUGAAAUCAGCUAUCUUUGGAUUACUUUUAGCUUUUGCUGUCGCCGAUGCGAGACGUUUGGUGAAUCCUUGCACUCAAGUUGGAGUUUUCGCGGCUACUGAUAAUGAGAAAAGUUUUUAUGAUUGCCACCUCAACGAAGACGGUAGUUUUAGCAUUAAAUAUUUGACUUGUGCCACUGGACACGUUUUUGAUAGCAGUGUCGGGUAUUGUAUGCCAGAAACCACUUUCCAAAUUGAAGUAAGAGCAGAUUUGAGAGACGGUGAUGAUAUUGAAAACAUUUCUACAACAACACCGACAACAGGUGAUAUCGCAAAACCUACCGUUCCCAGUAGAGUAAGAGCAGAUUUGAGAGACGGUGAUGAUAUUGAAAACAUUUCUACAACAACACCGAAAACAGGUGAUAUCGCAAAACCUACCGUUCCCACUAGAGUAAGAGCAGAUUUGAGAGACGGUGAUGAUAUUGAAAACAUUUCUACAACAACACCGAAAACAGGUGAUAUCGCAAAACCUACCGUUCCUACUAGAGUAAGUGCAGAUUUGAGAGACGGUGAUGAUGUUGAAAACAUUUCUACAACAACACCGACAACAGGUGAUAUCGCAAAACCUACCGUUCCCACUAGUAGCGCUGAUAAUAGCUCGGCAACAGAUGAGAGUACUACUUCAGAUGCUACAACUACUGAAAAAAUAGAUCCAAAUGAAGAAACUGAAACCACUGAAAAAACAUCAUCAACUGAAGAUUCUGAAACUACUGAGGAAACAACUGAAGCUACAACCACUGAAAAAACAUCUUCAACCGAAGAUUCUGAAACUACUGAGACUACUGAGAAAACAACUGAAGUUACAACCACUGAAGAAACAGCGUCAACUGAAGCUACAACCACUGAAAAAACAUCUUCAACCGAAGAUUCUGAAACUACUGAGAAAACAACUGAAGCUACAACCACUGAAAAAACAUCUUCAACCGAAGAUUCUGAAACUACUGAGAAAACAACUGAAGCUACAACCACUGAAAAAACAUCAUCAACUGACACCACAGAUUCCACUGAACCAGAAACUACUACCUUACCGUCAUUUGAUUGCCCUGAUGUCGGUUUCUUCCCCCAGUCUGGUUCUUGCGACAAGUUCGCUUUUUGUGCCGACAUUGAUGGUGAAGUAAUAUACUAUUUGCAAAGCUGCCCAACGGGUCAACAAUUUGACUAUAACAACUCAUAUUGUGAUGCCAAUUUUGAUUGUUCUGCGUAGAGAAAGAAAAUUCAUAACGAAUCACGCCGAUCGAAAUUUAAUAUACUUAAAUUUCUUAAGAAUUUUUACUAAUCCGAACUGCACUCUAAUUGCGAAGUAAAAUCUUGUAGAAUCGCAGUAACUAAAAGUU